CAGAAAAAAAAAUCCUGAAAAAACCUUACAAUUAUCACAAAAAUACACAACUUGGAUGAUAAAUAUUUCUCUAGAUAUAAGCUAUAGCUAAUAUGCAAGACGUGAGGAAGAUGAAGGUGAAGAAAGGGUGGCUCGCGGUUGAAGUAGGUUUAGAGGAUGAAGAUGGAGGGUUUCAACGUUUCACUAUUCCAAUUUCCAAUCUCUACCAUCCUCUCUUCAAGAGGCUUUUGGACAAAGCUCAUGAGGUUUAUGGUUACCACACGGCCGGCCCUCUCCGCCUUCCGUGCUCGGUAGACGACUUUCUUCACCUCCGGUGGCGGAUCGAGAAGGAAUCGGGCGGCCACGGCAGCCACCACCACCACCACCAUCACAAUCCUCACCACCAAAAUCAUCCUCAUCUUUCUAGUUCUUUGUCUUUCCACUCAUGUUGAUUGAUUCACCAUAUAUAUAUGUAUGUGACACGCAUGCAUAUAUGGUGAUUUGAGUUCUCAUUUUUAGGAGGACAACUUUUGUAAUUAGUUAAAUAUUAUCUCUCUUUAGUCCAAUAUUUACUCACUUUUUUCUUCUUCUUCUUCUUCUUCUUUUUCUUCUUCUCUCUCUUUUUGUCCGGAGUUUUGAAGAAGCUUUCAUCAUGUAUUAGUUACUGAAAAGGAAAUUAGUAAAAGAACUAGAUGCGACUAAACACAAUAAUAAUAUUGUCUC